CAUUGUCCGCAUCUGAUCCAUGACGGUGACAGUAGGAGACUUAAAACAGUUACACAAAUAUCAUUAUCGCACCAUCUCCAGUGGUUUUAAAGCGGACUGUGGCAGGAAUGAGGACACAUUGUAGCUCUCAAUGAUCUGAACUGGAAGGGUCAGUUCUUGUGUAGCUCUGUAUUUCUCCGUUUACUUCCGAGGAAAGCUCCUGAGGAACCUGAACAAAAGCCCUCGGGCAUUUUACUGCAGGCCAUGACAAUAGACGAGCGACUGCCUCUGAUCUGCUCAAUCAACACGUUUCCCUCAUUUCUCAAUAAUUCCAGUCUGGGUUUAUCCAGUAUUAUCGGAGCUGGUUGAGGGGGUAGUCAAAUAAGGUAAACUCUGUCCUCACGUGUCAAGACGAACCUAAAAUUAAACCAGCGAACAGCUGAGCGCUCGAGUGUGUGUGUGUGUGUGUGUGUGUGUGGACGCCAGUGAGUGACCGAACACACGCGCACACGCACGAGCGUCUUUGUCUGUCCACGCGCGCCGUGUGACAAUAACACGAUGACACGAUUCUCUUAUGCCGAAUACAUCGCCUUAUUUCGAUCAAGUGACACAAAAAGAAAUUCGUCGGCGCAGAAAAGCACAUCAUCCUCCGGACGAGCUGCAGACCGCGACGACGCGCCGACGGACCCGUCAGAAAUGAUUUGUGCAGUCAGAAGAGCACAUGUGCAGCCCGUGAGUGAAGCGUGUGAUUCAGACGACUGGACGGCUCUGCAUGAAGCCGCUCACCGCGGCCAGACGCACUGCGUUCAGGCUCUGCUGAAAGAUCCUCGCGUGUGCGUGGACAAACGCACGCUACAGGAGCAGACGCCGCUGCUGCUCGCCGUUCACGGGCGACACCUGGACUGCGUGAGGAGUCUUCUAGAAGCGGGAGCCGACCCUGAUAUCAACAACAAAAACAAAGAGACGCCUCUUUAUAAAGCGUGUGAGCAGGAGUGCAUCAGCACGGUGAGGCUGCUGCUUGCGUUUGGCGCGACGGUGAAUCAGCGCUGUUAUCGCGGCUGCACCGCACUGCACGAAGCAGCGAGACGAGACAACGCUGAGCUCUGCGAGACGCUCCUGCAGGCCAGAGCCGCCGUCGACGCCCGCAACGCCGAUGACGUCACACCCGCUAUAGAAGCGGCGCGACACGGACGGACACAAACUCUGGCUUACCUGAUCCGGAACGGUGCUGGUGUGAACGUUCAGACGUGUGACGGGAACACGGCGUUAACUGAAGCCUGCAGACACGGACACGGAGAAACCGUGAAGCUUUUGCUCAAACAUCACGCGGAUGCCAACAGAGCCACCGCUGCCGGACUCCUGCCUCUGCAUAUCGCCAGCCAGCACGGACACAAAGAGAUUGUUUCCUUAUUGCUCCCGAUCACCAGCCGGGCGAGGAUUCGACAAAGCGGCAUCUCUCCUCUCCAUCUGGCGGCGGAGCACGACCGGCAGCUCGUUAUGAGUCUGCUGAUCGAGUCGGGAUUUGAUGUCAACAGCAAACUGUCUCACGAGCGCUCAGCCAGGUACCACGACCGCCGCGUUUCGGCUCUGUUCUGCGCCGUCGCUGCCAGGAACACGCAGGCCGCUGCCGUCUUGCUGAAGGCCGGCGCCGAUCCCAACGUAGACCCGUUCAGCCCGCUGCUGUUAGCGGCGCGUCACGGCUGUCUGAAGACCGUGGCUGUGCUGGUGGAGCACGGAGCUCACGUCAACGCUCGCCCGCCCGGCCCGACCGCGGGUUUCCCGGCCGUGCUGCUGUACGCGCAUCAGCUGGACGUCCUGCAGUAUCUGCUGGACAACGGCUGUGACGCUCAGGCCUGCUUUACAUGCGACAGACGUCACAGCGAAGAGGACGCAAACUUCAGAAGUCACGCAAGCCAAAGAAACACAAGCUGCACUAAAACAGAGUUACAGUUUUGUGACUGGAUCUCGUCCUCCUGCUGGAGACAUUCAGCCGGUCAGUUCAUCGAUUUGCUCCUGGACUACGUAGGAAACGUUCAGCUCUGCAGCAGGAUCAGAGACCUCCUUCUGGACAAACAGGAGUGGACGAGCAUCAAGGAGAAAACAUCGUCUCCUCGAGCCCUGAUGCAUCUCUGUCGGCUGAAGAUCCGAGAGCAGCUGGGGACGCAGAGACUGAGAUCGGUUCACUCGCUGCCGCUGCCCGACCGAAUGCUGCGAUACCUGAGCUCCAGAAGCAGCAGCAGAAGCUGCUCCAUUCCUCACUUCCACGGGCACGCUGCCUUCGCUGCAUCGGCGUGCGUUUAGCACGAGACUAGUGAACAACAGCAAC